UGUCACUGUCAAAUCAACACAUAACCAAAUUGUUCGAGUUAAUUUGCAUUUAACACUAUGAAAUAAAAUCAACAUCAGCAUUAUAAGAAUAUAAAUAUUAAUUACACAACUUUAUACUCAUUUUUAACAAUGCCGGCCUACCAUUCGAGCAUCCCUUGCUCUACCGUCGUUGGAAAUACAGCCAUUCUACCGUUGAAAACGAGAUUCAAAGGACCUGCCCCGAUACAAACCAACGAGCAGGAGCAAGACAUAAUAGACGAAGCUUUAUAUUACUUCAAAGCCAACGUGUUCUUUCGCACCUACGAAAUAAAAUCGGAAUCCGAUCGACUUCUAAUAUACAUCACACUGUACAUAACGGAAUGUCUGAAGAAACUCCAGAAAUGCAGUAACAAGAACCAGGCUCAGAACGAGAUGAUUACGUUGGCUCUUUCGCGGUUCGAUAUACCCGGUGAGCCGGGUUUUCCGCUCAACUCGGUUUACAGCAAGCCUGACACCCCCGCUAAAGCCGAUUUGUUCAAGAAUUAUUUGGUCCAGUUGAGGCAAGAGAUCGGUUUGAGGGUGUGCGGUAAGGUUUUCGGGGAAGAUGAUAAACCGAGCAAAUGGUGGUUGUGUUUCGCUAAGAAGAAAUUCAUGGAUAAAUCGCUAUCCGGUCCGGGACAGUAGAAUUAAUUUAUACAAUUAUUGUGUUAUGAUUUAUUUGUAUUACUAGGUAUUGCUUGUGUUCUAUUAUAUUGAUUUUGUAACUAGAGGAUGUUUGAAACUUGAAACGAAUACAUUUUUAUAUACGA